GUUGAAUUUGAGCGAGCAGCCACACCAACACCUCACGCGCAGGUCAGUCCACGCAGGAAAGGCGGCCCCGGGUCGCGUCCUCUCCCCUUGUCGCCCUUUUUUUAGGGUACUGGAAUCGUGGCUCCAUAAAAAAAAUUAUAAUUAAAUUCCCAACCAUGGCUCAACCCCCCGAAGCUGCCCCGUCGCGACUGCAGUUGUCUCUGGACUCGGAUCCCGCCGCCGCCCAGCCGCGCUUGCAGACAAGCCUCGACGCGCUUGGUGGGCAGAAGUAUUAUCACCACGACCAACCCCAGCACAACGGGCAGCAGCAGCAGCAGCAGCAGCAGCAGCAGCAACCGCACCAGGAGCCUCCUGUGGGCGCACAGCCCUCCGAGGCACCGCGAACCUGGGACUUGCCGGGUAUUGGCAGUGCGGGCACGCAUUCCAUCGGCGACGGCAAGCACGGUCGCAGCCCUGGCGUUGGCGGCGAGACGGCCGGGGUGGAUGCUGUGUCGACGGUCAACGGCAGCUCGAUCAACCACGCGUCGGCGGCGGUACGCCUUGCGGAUCCCGCAGCCGCCAUCCGCGACGGUCGGAGCGAGACUCACCAGAACGGCGGCGCCGCCGUACCUAGCCUUCCAGACAUGUCCAACGCCCAACCGCCGCCCGGGCCCGCCCGGCAGCCGGUGACAUACGCGCCGCCGCCCGCCUACCCGUCCGCCGGCAUUCCACCAGUGCCGCAAUACGUAUAUUCGCCGCAUUCAAUCCCAGCUGCGGACCCCUACCGGGCCAGCCCAACCACUCUCCCCAGCAUGCGGACACUCGAUCCCCGCCAGGCUCACGGGCAAACGCAGCACGGCCUCCCUCUCGGCGCGCAUCUAGGAUCUCCCAUGGCGCCCGCUCCCCCUCCCGCUCCCGCCCACAUGGGAUACUACAACGUCCAUCCCCACACCCCCAUAUACGGCCUUACAGAUCCGCACUCGAUGCGCUUCGCUCUUGGUCCCGGCCUGGCCCAUGAUCCGCGCAUUGCCCUGAGCGGUGGGAGGCACAAAAAGGAGAUCAAGCGGCGCACAAAAACGGGCUGUCUAACCUGCCGUAAGCGCAGGAUCAAGUGCGACGAGGCGCAUCCCACAUGCAACAAUUGCAAAAAGUCGAAGCGUGAAUGUCUCGGCUACGAUCCGAUCUUCAAGCAACAGCAGGGCCCUGCAGCUAUCCAACCUGCUCCGAGCACCCAAGCCCCCGUCCCGCCUGCUGCUGCUGCUGCCGUGCCCGCGCCGGCUCCCUCAUUACCGUCCUCGGUACCGCAUCCGUAUCAAGGGGCCUCCUACCCCCCUCCUCUGCCCUCGAGCAUCCCGGCUGCCGACCCCGUCCGAUCGACUGCACCGCAGAGCACGAGCGCUAAACCUGAAGCCGGGUACGAUUACUCCACCGCCAUUGACCCAGCGCUGCAAGGCGGCGACGCUGCAGGUGCGACGGGCUCACGAGCCCCUCGAUACCCUCAGAACAACGUGGCUGUAGGCACGGUCCAGGCCACGGGCGACUCGAUCCAUUCGCGAGCAAAGAAGAUGAAGGUCGAUGAGCUCAUAGCUCUGGGUGGCGCGGCCCCCGUCCCGUCAGGCUCCCCGCCGUCCCCCGAGAUGGUCGACGAAAUCACGAAGCUAUACUACGAGAUCUACGUCCCGGGUCUCGCCUCCUUUUUCGAAACACAGUGGUAUGAUUUCGCGAAGCGCCAGGCUCCGUCAACCAAUACCGCAGCCGUGCUCCAUAGCAACCAAUCGCUUGUUUCCUUAUUCGCUUUAUUUAUCCAGACAAUAUCCAAGAUCUCAAGCACCGAUCCUGCGGACUUGGUGCAGUCCAGCCACCUAGAGACAUCCGUUGUAUGGUCUCUCGCUCGACUGCCCCUUACGGUCAACUCUGGUGAAACCCGCCAAUACCCGGAUCCGUAUCCGGCUCAGGACGACCUCUGGGAGACGCGCGGCCGCCUGCAGGUUUUCGAGACCCUCAUAACAGGCGAAACGCUGACUGCCAACCCUCUGACGCGGCCGCCGCCGCCGGCGGCCGAUAAUGUCCACUCAUUACGCCAAAACGAGCUUGAGUUCUGGUACCAGCUCGCCGAUUAUCUCCUCCAGGACCAUGCGACUGCCUCCGCCGCCCACGUCGCUGCCAGAGAGCGCUGCCUCAGCGUGAUGAGAGCGCUGCUGGACGGCAGGGAGAACCGAGACGUCCUCUACAGCAUCGCCGUGCUGAGAGAGUACACCGCCCAUUGGGACGCGUGCUGGAACGAGCAGACGGCGCCCUCGCAUCUACAGGAAGCGGAUGCUCGGAGCAGGCUUGCCGUCGCGACGAGGUUCAUUCGGGACGAGUCUACUUCGACGGGCGGCACAACCAACGUGGUCCGCCGGUUCGCCGACCUUGCUUACCGCGCAUUUGUCCGCCCCGGCGUCAACGUUGACAGGAGCAGAGGCAGCUAUUCGGGGUCCUAAUGGUGCAUGCAUAGCGUAGGGACGGAUCUUUGUUCAGCAUUUUGGGUUUCAGCGCUGGGUGGCUCAGUUUAAAUAUAGAGACGGGGAGAGCAGGGCUGGACUGGCUGCUGUUGGAAUGCUUCGGGCGGGAUUUUCGCUGCCUGGGGGGUGUGCCUGCGCGCUCUCGUCCGCUGGCAUGGCUCUGCUCGACCUUGCGUG